UCCAGGGAGGAAGUCGCUGAGAUUGGGAAACGCGCAACAACUCUGCAAAAUAAAAACCAAAGCACACACACACACACACACACACAAGAACACCCCCUAACCCGGGAUCUCGGGGGGAGAGCAGAAGAGAGAAGACAGCGGUUCCUCGUCGGGAACAGUGGAAACCUCCAGCUUUUGGAAUAUGGACUAGAGGCGGCGGGUCGCAGCAGAUGGACGCGGCGAGAAGUUUGGUGUUCGUGGGGGCCGUGCUGCUCGGAGCGACGGGCGCGCUGGCCAGAGAAGUGUGCCUGGGCACAGAUAUGAAGCUGGCACUGCCCUCCAGCCUGGAAAACCACUACGAGACCCUGAGGUUGCUGUACACUGGCUGCCAGGUCGUCCAUGGCAACCUGGAGAUUACACAUCUUCAUGGACAACCGGACCUCUCCUUCCUACAGGGGAUCGUGGAGGUGCAGGGUUAUGUACUCGUAGCCCAUGUGUCGGUGAAUGUGGUGCCUUUGGACAACCUCCGGAUCAUCCGAGGCAGCCAGCGGUACAACUCCAGCUUCGCCCUGGCUGUGCUGGAUAACACUCUGGAUGGACAGGGGCUCAGGACACUCCGGCUUCGUAGCCUCACAGAGAUCCUGUUGGGUGGUGUGUACAUCUGGGGGAACCCCCAACUGUGCUUCCCAGACCCCCAGAACAUCAUUUGGAGGGACACCUUGGAUGAGCAGAACUUCCACGCCAGGGUGCACCGACUGCAGCCUCGGGCGGCUAAAUGUCCAGAUUGUUCCUCUGCGUGUGGUAAAAACUGCUGGGGAGAAACUGCACAGGACUGCCAAACCUUGACCCGUAUUAGAUGUGCGUCUGGCUGUCAGCGGUGCAAAGGACCGCUGCCCAACGACUGCUGUCACAUGCAGUGUGCUGCUGGAUGCACAGGACCCAAAGACUCGGACUGCUUGGCGUGCCGUCACUUCAAUGACAGCGGUGUGUGUAAGGAGAACUGCCCUCCCCCUACGAUUUACGACCCCAUCACCUUUGAGACCAAACCCAACCCAAACAAGAAGUUCAACUUUGGAGCCACCUGCGUCAAGACGUGUCCCUAUAACUACCUGGCUAUGGAAGUGGCCUGUACUUUGAAUUGUCCCGUAGCCAACAAGGAAGUUAUCAUCUCCCACCCUGAUGGAACUGACACGCAGAAAUGUGACAAGUGUGAAGGGGACUGUCCCAAAAUGUGUUAUGGUCUGGGUAUGGACAACCUUGGCGUCAUGGAGAACCAUGGCAUUGCCAUGGUAACGUCUUCAAAUGUGGAGCAGUUCAACAAGUGUAAGAAGAUCUUUGGCAGUCUGGCCUUCCUCCCUCAGAGCUUUGCAAGGGACACUGUGAGCAACACCUCAGGACUGACACUGGAGCAGUUGAGCACCUUCAAGCAACUGGAGGAGAUAACAGGCUACUUGUACGUUGAAGCCUGGCCUGAAGAGUGGACUGACCUGAGUGUGUUUGAGAACCUGAAGGUGAUCCGAGGCAGGAUGCUCUACAAGGGUGUGUUUUCACUCGCCCUCCAAAAUCUACACAUCCAGUCUCUUGGAUUGCGUUCACUACGCAGCGUCAGUGGAGGUUUGGUCCUGUUGCACAACAAUUCCAAGCUGUGCUACACCAAUUCACUGCCCUGGGGGAGUCUCCUGCAUCCCACUCAAGGACCCCACCGAAUCGUCAGCCACAACCAGGACCCCGAAGCCUGUGAGGCAGAGGGGCGCAUUUGUCACCCGCUGUGUGAUGGGGGCUGUUGGGGUCCGGGACCCAGCCAGUGUGUGUCCUGCAAAGCUUUCCGACGUGGCAUUGAGUGUGUAGAGCAGUGUGACAUCUAUCAGGGAGCUAUGCGUGAAUACACAGACGGAUCUUUGUGUGUCGCCUGUCACACAGAGUGUGGACCUCUCAAUGGCUCUGCCUCCUGCCAUGGCCCGGGUGCAGAACAUUGCACAGAGUGUCGAAACUUCCAGGACGGUGAGUUUUGUGUGGACCAUUGUCCCAGCGGCGUGAAGGAGGAUCAGCAGACUGUGUGGAAGUACAGCAACGCGACAGGACACUGUCUGCCCUGCAACACCAACUGCUCUCUGUCCUGCACUGUGAUGGAUGACAGAGGUUGCCCCGUUGAUAACAGGACAGGACCGGCUACGACCAUUGCGGCUGCGGUGGGUGGGGUGGUGCUCUUCUUCAUCCUGCUGGCUCUGCUGGUCUUCUACCUGAAGAGGCAGAAGAAGCUGAAGAGGAAGGAGACCAUGAGGAGGAUCCUGCAGGAACAUGAGCUGGUAGAGCCUCUAACGCCCAGUGGUGCGUCACCCAAUCAGGCUCAGAUGCGAAUCCUAAAGGAGACAGAGUUGAAAAAACUCAGGGUGCUGGGUGCAGGGGCCUUUGGUACCGUGUACAAGGGAGUGUGGGCUCCUGAUGGGGAAAACGUGAAAAUACCAGUUGCUAUUAAGGUAUUACGAGAGAACACCUCGCCAAAGGCCAAUAAAGAAAUCCUUGAUGAGGCCUAUGUGAUGGCGGGGGUUGCCAGCCCUUACGUGUGUCGUCUUCUGGGAAUCUGUCUGACCUCUACGGUGCAGCUGGUCACUCAGCUGAUGCCAUACGGCUGCCUUCUGGACUACGUCAGGGAGAACAAGGACCACAUUGGCUCACAAUUCCUCCUCAACUGGUGUGUCCAGAUUGCCAAGGGGAUGAGUUAUCUGGAGGAGGUGCGGCUGGUCCACAGGGAUCUGGCCGCCCGCAACGUUCUAGUGAAAAACCCAAACCACGUGAAGAUCACCGACUUCGGCCUUGCCCGUCUGCUCGACAUAGACGAGACUGAGUAUCAUGCUGACGGAGGGAAGGUACCAAUUAAAUGGAUGGCUCUGGAGUCUAUUCUGCACAGGAGGUUCACACAUCAGAGCGACGUCUGGAGCUACGGGGUGACAGUCUGGGAGCUGAUGACGUUUGGCGCUAAGCCCUACGACAUGAUCCCAGCGAGGGAAAUCCCAGAAGUUUUAGAGGGAGGAGAACGACUUCCCCAGCCGCUCAUCUGCACCAUCGACGUCUACAUGAUCAUGGUCAAAUGUUGGAUGAUUGAUCCAGAGAGCAGACCGAAGUUCAAAAAUCUGGUGAAUGAUUUCAGUGUCAUGGCCAGAGAUCCCCCUCGCUAUGUAGUCAUUCAGAAUGAUGAGCAGAUGAGCAUGUCCAGCCCAGUGGACAGCCAGUUCUUCCGGAUGCUGAUGGAGGAGGAGGGGAACAAUAUAAGGGAACUGCUGGAUGCUGAGGAGUAUCUGGUGCCUCAGCCAAACCUCUUCCCCCGGGGUCAGGGGGACGGGGCUCAUUCCAACGGGCCGUCCAGACACCAAUCAUACAGGCAGAGCAGAGAUCAGGGCUUGGAUGUCGAACCCUCCAUCGCAGGCGGCCCUCGGAGCAUGUACUCCUCCCUGAGCACUCUCGGCCGCAGCCAGUACCCUACCCUGCCAUUAGGAGCCAGCACCUCCAACGGCCUGUGGACUCCUCAGUACCCGACGCUGGCUCGCAGCCCCUCGACCGGAGGACAGUCUGACUCAGUCUUCCUGGACGGGCCUCCUGACGACCCCUCGCUGCCCCCGGCCAGCCCUGGACGCUACUGCAAAGACCCCACGUGCCCCGACGGGAGCCAAGAUGACCUGGAGACAGAUGGGCCGAACGGCUUUCAUCCUCCUCAUCCCUUUCAUCACUCACUGCCCAGACGUAGUAACGGCCAUAAUCACAAUCGCGCCUUGCCAGAGUAUGUCAACCAGGAGGUUCUGGAUUUCAGACCGGCGGUCCCCGAGCGGCCCACCACGCUGCCUCGGAAAGGCUCCCGAGUAGACCGACGCCUCCCAAAUGGCCUGGGCACCGGUCAGAGCGUAGAAAACCCAGGGUACUUGGUCCCCGUGAGCUCCGGGGCCUCAACCUCUCCGGCCUUCGACAACCCCUACUACCUGGACCUUGUAGCUAAAGCCAAUGCGCUGGCAGGGGACGGAGGGCCGCAGAGAGACGGGGGAGUGCCCAGGCAUCUGAACGGGUUUGUGACGUCCACAGCAGAGAAUCCAGAGUAUCUGGGACUUGCAGACACCUGGAGUGGACAUACUUGAAGAGAGGGAAUAGAAGUAAUGUGAUGAACUCAAGAGGAGUCACAGAGUCUACUGAGGUAAAAGAGGAGCGAGAGAAAGGGAAGAUGGAUGCGUGUGUGACAGAAAUGACCCGUGUGUGUGUUUGACAUUAGGAAUGAGCAGAUGGACCCGAGUCUUCUCUCUUAUCAUAUGAAGCACCCACAUCCAGACCAGUUGAGGAUACUCGGCAGAAGUCACAAAAAUCCCCCCGUUGUGACACAUCAUGACUCAACACAGUGUGGAAUUAAUCCGGUGUCCUGGGCGUCAUUUGUAUUCCUGUCUUCCUCUCAGCAACCUGCGACUGUUAAGUGCCAAAAAGAAGUUUACCCAGCCGCUGCAAACGACCCAGUACUUGAUAAGCAAAAGGGUUCACAUUUGUGGAAACCCGCCACGGUACAAGACGAGUCCGAUCGUCGCAGAAUACAACAUGUGGCGGGAUUCACACAUUUUUAAGAUUGAUUUUGUUUUAAUUAUGUUUUUUUUUUUCUACAUGUGGAGUAUUUUGUUUUUGUUUUUUUCCUUCAAUUCCUCAUAUGGUCCUCAGUCCAGCUAAUCAGGGAAACACAUAAAGAACACUUUGACAAAGUGAGCCAUGGUAUGCAUUGGGGAUUACGUUUAGUAUUCUGGUCACUUUCUCCCAGACCUGAUGGGGGUCUUCAGUACACUCAAAGCCAUUUUGUUUUGGCCGGAGAAGGCCCUGCAGCCCAUCUGGCCAGUAGAUAUGCUCCCAGAAAGAAAGGCUUCCUGUAUGGAGAAGACAUUGAGGCAUUGUGCUGCACUGAUGUAUGUGGUUGUUAGUGUCUGCGGCUGCAGCUUCUUUGUGGUACAGCAGCUGAGAUACGAGGUACGGGCAGAAUUUGAAAAAUAAAACUGCACAAAUAACAGAAAACACUGUUUGUGUUUAAAAAACACAGUGGACGAGUGAUUAAGGUGGAGAAAACCUUUCAGGGAUCGACGGGUUCGCAAAAAAGAAUAAGGGAGAAUUAUUUGCAUUUUAACGAUGCACUAUGCAGUAAAUGUGUUAGGUUACUGUAUAUGCCCCCCCCCCUCCCCCCAAGCUUGUGUUAUCAAUUUUAUAUUUUCACUGUGCAAGAAUGCAUAAAAGCUGUUGGUUGAUACAGUAUAUCCCAAAAGAGGUGAAGAAUCAGUUUGUUACCCUUGUUUUUAAUUGGUAACAAUCUCAUACCAACAAACAUUGUCGUAGCUCUGUUGUUUGUGUAUUUGUGUAAAAGUUGAGCAAUGCACUGGAGGAAAAAUGAAAAACGUCCCUCUGCUCGGUUUGGAUAAUAAAUGCACGGCUCAAAUUCCAUUCGGCAAGAGCACACUGGCAUCCCAGUUAAUAAUCUACAGCAUUUUUUUGAAGACAGUUUUUUUUUCUUCUCUUCAUGUUAACUAGUAUUGGGCUGGGGGAGGUUGAGCCGAGUCAAUGGAGCCAUUGUCCGACCCCCAUGUCCUUGUUGGAAAGUCAGAACUCACACGUCCCAGUGACUGAUGUUGUCACAGAUUUGAAAAGACAGAAGUCGAGGUCUCUUUUUUUUUCCUGCGGAGGUUUUGGGACUCUGUAGCAGAAUGUGCUUCAGUAAUUUGGGCUCGUAAUCCCGAACAAGUGAGCAGGCGACAUCAUUUUCCCACAUCUUGUCGUGUACCUAACAAACUGCAUCUUAUCAUCCAGCUGCACCCAGCUACUACUGAGAUUCAACCUUUUUCUUUUUCUUAUUUUUUAAGGAAGUACUUGUCUGAGAUGUGUAAUUUCCACACAAUGAACAGAGUGUGUCUCUGUGUGUGUGUGUGUGUGUGUGUGUGUGUGUGUGUGUGUGUGUGUGUGUGUUUGUGAUGAGUGGGAGGUCGAAUGUGUGCAGCUCCCCGUCAUCCUCCACCAUCACUUCACUUUCACUCUUUAAGUCUUUGGCAAAUUUUACUUUGUCUUGAUGUUCUCAUACGGGUUUUGAAGAGUUUUGUUCCAGAAUGAGAUAUCUAAAUAUGAUACCUAAUCUCAGAUAACAAUUUCAUUCAUAAAGAUAACUUCUUUUUUUUAUAUACAUGGAAAAAAUGGUAAGAUUUAACUUCAAUACCUGCAACCAUUGUAUACUAACAUUGUAUAGAAUUGGAUUUAUUUUCCAGUGAUAUGAUUCAUAUUUCAGUUUUUCAUGUUUAUAUUAUGAGUGUUUUGGAAUGAAACCCUUCACGUGUCGUUGCUGUCAGUCGAAGACCUCAUAUCUCCACAAAGUCUACAUUGUAGGAGAAACCCAGAUUUUAGAACAUCUAACAUUUACAUUAAACCAGUGGCAUUUUAUGAAAAGGUUUAAAAACAUUAAUGAAUGUAUCAUUUUGUGUGUGUGUGCCGGAGCACCCCGUGACUUUUUUUUUUAUAUCACACAGUAGCGCCAGUAAAAUCCUCAAAGCUUUAAAGCUUCAACUGUGAGGCGUGAGGACGUUUUUCAGCAGAUGUGAACGUCACCUCGGCUGGAAACACAAGGUUUUCACAGGAUGGUAACGACGCUAUGGCACGGCUCACAGAUGAUGAAGAAUGUGAUAUUUACCUUGCAAAUAAUGAGACCACGGCACACAGCUUUAAUGCGGCCACAGUUAAUGUGUGUGUGUUUACACUGCAGUGUCAUUCUUGUAUGUAUUGUUAGUUUUAAAGGUUGCCUGCACAUCACCGAGGAAGCUCACAGACGGGGGGGGGGUAUCUAUCUGUCUGUCUUAAUACAGUAUGUGUUAUUUCCAUUUCUCUAGUUCGUUGACAGCUAUUUCAAAAUUCAACCAUUCACUUCUCACUAAAACUGGUACAGAGCCGGAGGACUAGGCAUUAUCCUGUGGCCUGGUGGUCAUGGCAACAUUUUCAUUCUCCUCCCAUUGUCAACGUUAUUGAAGCUUUCUGAUUUGUGAUCCUUUGCGAAAGCAGUUAAAUUACAGGAAGGUACUGAUAAAAUAAAAUAUCUGUAAUUUACAUUUUGAAGAAAAAUGUAUCUCUCUAACUUGUCACAUGAAUAUUUUUUCACAGUUUGUGUGAUUGUGACAGGACAUGAAUAAUAGCCAUUAUAUCGGGAGUUUUACAAUGCAAAUCCUUUCCUACCUGUUUGGUCAGUAAGCCCAAUUGUGUACAUGUGUAGUAUAUAAAUAAAGUGUAUAUGUAUCAAUAAAACAAUCAUUUUGGUAGCUAAUUUGAUUAAAUACAUUGUGCAUUGUGACCAGUCGCUCUACUUUGGAGAGGGUAAAUAUGUAAGAAAAUAUUUUAUGAAGAAAUGGUCAUUUUUAUAUGGAAUUGUUUGCAUACAAUGUGUGUCAAAAGCAUAUAAAAGAUUUAAACUUCCAA